AUGGGGGAAGCGGUGCCCCGAGGCCCCCCCAGGAUCCCGGGAACAAAGGGAGCCUCCUCCCUGGUCUCUGCCCUCACUUACAGCGGCGCCAGCCGCCCCUGCGCCCCAGCAGAAGCCGGGCUCUUACAGCGCAGCCCCCCGCCCCCCGUCCCAGCGCUAGCCUCUCCAGGCACCGUCCCGGCUCCGGGGCCCCCGCGCUGCCCGUUCUGUUCUGCAUUCCCUCUGCCCUCUGGUUGGAGAACGUCGCAGCUCCAAGACCCUUCUCCCCCUCUAGCCUCCCUGCCCUUCGCUGUCCUGUCGCUGGUGAACGCCCCGCAUAAGUGAGGAUUUUACUGCGGGGAUGACUCCAUCCGGCACCCCUACAGUCCAGACACCAUCACCCAUGGGCUCAUAGCCAGGGUCACCAACACAGCCACCAUCCUUGUCUCGGCGGGAGAAGCCUACCUGGUGCACACAGACUGGCUCUAUUCCCGCUCCGACUCCAACAAUUAUGUGGCUGCCCUGUACAAGGUGCUGGGGACCUUCCUGUUCAGGGCGGCCGUGAGCCAGUCUCUGACUGACCUGGCCAAGUACACGAUCGGCCGCCUGCGCCCCAAAUUCCUGGCCGUCUGUGACCCCGAGUGGAGCCGGGUCUGCUGCUGGUUCUACGUGCAGCUGGAGAGGGUGUGCAGGGGAAACGCUGCUGACGUCACCGAGGCCAGGUGGGUGUGGACGAGCAGUCUUCACUCUGGGGGGCAGUGGGAGCUGAAGAAGCCCCAGAAGCCAGAUGGAGGCCCUGGGCUGGCCGGUUCUGUGCCCCUGGCCUCGGAGCUGCCAGCUGUGCAGUGGGCGUGGGAGUGCCUGGCAGGGCACAGGCUGAGGCGUCCUCUCCCGUCCCAGCUCUACGUGCAGGCGUGGCUCUGCUGGAAGUGGGCGCGGCUGCUGCGGCCCACGGUCCAGUUCUUCCUGGUGGCCUUUGCCCUCUAUGUGGGCUACACCCGCGUGUCUGAUCACAAACACCACUGGAGCGACGUCCUUGCUGGCCUCCUGCAGGGGGCGCUGGUGGCUGGCCUCACUGUCCCCUACAUCUCAGACUUCUUCAAAGCCCGACCCCCACAGCACUGCCCGAAGGAGGAGGAGCUGGAAUGGAAGUCCAGCCUGUCACUGACAGUGGCCCUGGGCGAGGCUGACCACAACCACUCUGGGUACCCGCACUCCUCCUCCUGAGGCUGGAUGCUGCCCAGGCAGGGAGUGGCUGUGAGUCCAGCUCAGGCCGGCCCCCCAGGUGGUCUCUCUGGCCCUGGGUAGGCACUGAGGGCUCCGGAGGGGCUCCCUGGGCUGAUGGGAGCAGUGAGCAGGCUCUGCUGCCCCUGCCCUGCACAGGACCAGGGUUCUGGGGAGGCCUAGGUAGCCCUGAGCAUUUGGAGGGGGACCUGUUCCCUUAGCUCCCCAAUAUCCCCAUUCUUUUAUGGGGUUAAGGAAGGGAC